UUUACUCUUCCUACUUCAUUUGAUUAUCUACCAAAAGAUUAUGAAUCUGUUAGUCAACCAUUAUUUGAGAAGUCUUUAACUACUGAGAAUAUUUUAACGAUGUAUGAAACUAUUUUAAAAAGAAUGUUAGAUAAUUGUGUGAAUGACUUUGAAAUGGAAGAUGUACACUCUGAAAUUACCAAACAAAUACCCAUAG